UUUCUCACUCAGCCCCUCCUUCCUUCCUUCCUCUCUCAGUGGUCACGCUGUCAUUUGUCGCCGGCUCCCGUGCUCUGACAGUAAAACGGUAAAAAUGAAGAUUUGGACGUCAGAGCACAUUUUCAACCACCCAUGGGAGACUGUGACCAAGGCUGCGAUGCAGAAGUAUCCCAAUCCCAUGAAUCCCAGUGUCUUUGGUGUGGAUGUUCUGGACAGAAGUGUGGACACUGAGGGACGGUUACACAGCACCAGACUGCUCAGCACGGAGUGGGGGCUCCCUGCUUUGGCCAAGUCGAUGUUUGGGGUCACAAGAACAUGCACGUAUGUCCAGGAACAUUCAGUAGUGGACCCUAAACAGCAGACGUUUGAGCUGCAGUCUACAAACAUUUCCUUUACCAACCUGGUGUCUGUGGAUGAGAAGUUGACAUACAAGCCACAUCCACAGGACCCAGAAAAGACAGUACUGACACAGGAGGCUUUGAUCAGUGUGAAAGGCGUCAGUCUGAGCAACCACCUCGAGGGUCUCAUGGCCAAGACCAUAUCCGUCAAUGCCAGCAAGGGUCGGGAGGCGAUGGAGUGGGUAAUCAGACGGUUAAACACAGAAAUCGAGGAGCUGACUGCCACUGCUCGCGGUACCAUGCGAUCCCCCAUGGCGGCAGCAGUUGCAGAUAAAUGAUCUGGAUCUUCCCGGUUUGUUACUCCACCAUCAUGAACCGAUGGGCUUCUCUGUAAUUUUCCCCUCAAAGGGGACCCUCACCUCAUCUGCCAACGCAGCCUAUUAACCACAGCCCCAUCCUUCGGCCCUGCGUUUGUUUGUCAUGAGAUCAUUGUUAGUCCUUCCUCAGCAGUCUGCGCCAACAGACUUUUACACCAGUCAGGUAGUGACGAGGAAGCAUUGAGCUGAUGACUGUUUAAAAACAAAAACAAAACGCCACUUAAAUCGGACUGCACUUGAAGCUCAUAUGACUUGGUUUUGUGAUAUGGAAACUUUUUUUAGAAUUGAUUUCACAGCGUGCCUCUGAAUCAUCUCACCAGGUUCUUCCUUUUGUCUCUCACAUUUCAUCAUCGCUUUCAAAUCUUCAUAAACAAGCAGAGGAUGGCUCGAUUGGAGCAACUUUAAUGUCAACCUUUGGAUUGAUUGACCAUGCCGUGCACAGCAAAGCUGACUGAAAUGUCUCAAAACCAAAUGCUGCCGUGCACACAGACUGUAAAAGAAUAUGAAAGUAAAGGGGAAACUGUAAGUUACAAACUGCAUCAGCUUUCUGUCAGGUGGGUUGAUCAGAUUCCGUGUACCUUUGGGUGAUGUUUUCACCAUAGCAGAAACACUUUGAAGAAGUGCAACUUCCCUCAGAACAUGGGUUAGACUUUGAGGUCUGAUACUGAUACUGCAUCAUAACUGUGUCAGGGGUCACAGGAGAGUGAGAGAAGGUGUUGUAGAGCAAUGAAGGCAGCUUAGACUUGUUAUUUAACAAACGUCUCAGUGCAUUUAAACCAAGUGGAGCAGACUGUUGUUUGUGUUACUAAUGCAUGACUACUGGUAUAUAUGCUACAGCUGUCAGCACAGUGGACCGGACUUUUUUUUUUUUUGGUUCUUUUUCUUCACCCACUUGUGGGUCACUGUGGUCGAGUUUUGCUUCAAGAAUACUUGAUUUCUGAAUUCAGUUUUUUCUUACAGUGAUGUGCUGUACAGUUAAGUGUUACAGUAUGAGAAUGUAAAUACUUGAAUGUUUAACUUAAUUUCAGCAUAUAUACUUUAAGUGGCGGCAAGUCCUCGAAGGGUGCAAAUUAAAAAGAAGGAAAAGAAGAGUGGGCACUGAGCAACGUGUCAGGAUUCACCAGUGUUUAGUGUGUUGUUGACGCUCACCAGUGUUGUGGUGCAGCCCUGCAGGGUUACGUUCAGGGUCACAUUCUGUGCCUACAUGAGAAAUAGAAAUAACCAGUUUUACACCCCAGAACGCUUUAUUCUAACUUUAUUUGUGGCAAACGAGCUCUGUUUUAUUUGAUUGUUAUUUAUUUUGUAUUUGUAACAUUUACAAAGGCUGAACUGACCAACUAAGAACUGUUGGCUUGUGAUGUUGUGCAAAUUUGGUGCAGUCCCUCCCCCUCUUUAAAUCUUUCUUGUUUGUGUCAUAGAGAACUCUCAGGUGCUACAUUGUUAACAAUGGCUAGUGUCCCUAAUAAGUUUUUCAAAGACCACAAGGAGAUGAAAGAAAUGUUACAUCCCUUUUUUUCUUUUCUUUUUUUGUACUUACUAUAAAAUGUACAAAGCUACAAAUAAAGUUUACAUGAGAAGGGUUGGUGGUACAUCUUAAGCUUUGUACAGUGUUAAAGUGUCCCUUCUUGGAUCUCAGCAGCAUCACAGGUCUUCCAAGAUGCUCCAUGGUUAGCUUUCUGUUUCGACAGCAUUACAUGCAUACUUCCAGUUUGACUCAUCAUUUAAAACAGUAACUGUCUGGUUUUCAGUUUCAUCAUGUGCAACCCACCUCUUGAUCAUUUUGUCUAAAACCUGACCCGUCCACACAGUCUCAUUUCAUGAAAUGUGAUGUUUUUCUAUGGGGUACAUUUUGAGAACAGUGGCUGUAAAUAGGCUUGUAUUGAUACUUUGGUGGUGUUACAUUCCAAGAAUGUGAACGUGGAACAAAAUCUAAAGUGUGCACACUGAAAUGUUACAAAAUAAAGAGAUGUCAUUGUUUCAUGAA